AGUGAAAAGAUUUUAACCUACUCAGUUAUUGAUCUAUAAAGUACCUUAUGUUUUGACGAACAAUAUUUACAAAACAGUCUUUAUAAACAUCAAACAUGUUAAAUCUGCAUCUGCAUUAUAACAUGUUCAGUAAAAUUAUUUUCAUGCACUGAGGGAAUAAACAUCAACAUGGCGAGAAUAUUGAUUUUUUAGUUCCGGAAAACACCGCAAAGCUUCUAGCGCCACUGUUGUCAAAACAGGAUAAAAGGAGGUUAUUUUCACCGAAAGGAAAUGUGUGUUGUAUGUGGUUUACUUGAUUUGUGUCAUUUGUUAUAUUCUAUAUUAUAACAGUGUAUUAUAGUAAAUAGCGUGUCAAUAAAAUCAAAAGCAGGGAAAAAAAAUGAGUGGUGUUUAUACUUAAACUUCAAGUGUCGUAAAGGAUCAAAUUUUUUGUGAGGUUAUUUAUUUGGAGGAAUCAAGGACCUUCAAUAUCUUGAUAUCAUCUAUCUGUUUAUGUAAAUCAUACAGCCAAGUGAAGACAAAGACUUUGCAAUCAUUUUGCAUAGAAGAAACGGAAUGAAUAUAUCUUUGUGUCAUGGAACAAACUACAGAUUAUUGGAAAAAAUGUGAAUUAUAAGUACCAAAUUUCAAAAUUUAACAUUUUUGAAUACCCACUCAACCACAAAACCCAUCCAAAGUUAUAAAGCGCAAAAAAGAUAAUGAAAAACAAUUUAUCAACUUAAAAACAAUGUCAGUUAAAAAUGAUGAGAUGUUUGAGAAUAUCCAGAGCUUAUUCCUGGAGGACCAUGGUGAGGUAUUCGACUGCGCUGUAUUUCGCUUCGUUCAUUGGAAUCAUGACGUUCAUAUUUCACCUGUACGCGUUCAAACGAGAACACAAGCCCCAUUACAAAGCACAUAUAGGUGAUUUUGACUACAGGCCUGGAAUUUUCCUUAAAGGCCGCCAACCCAAUGAGAAUAUCAGCUAUUGCAAGUUCAAUUAUGGCUUGCCUAAAACACUUAUUUGGAGAAAAGUCCGUGAGUACAAAUCUCCGGAACUAACUCAUUACGUCAUCUACAAUGCUAUUAUAGGCACAGCGUACGCGAAUCACAGUAAAUAUGACGCCUUAACGUAUGCCACACAAGCCACGCCGGAAUUCAUAUAUCAUGUUGUAGAAAUCGCAAAAUAUUGGGAUGGACCGAUCAGCCUCGCAGUAUUUGUGCCUGAUUAUGAUUUGUAUGUAACGAUGCAGAUAAUGAACCAACUCUGUCAUUGUUAUUCGGCAAUGUCCAAAGUUUCACUUCAUCUAUUUUAUCCUACAAAAAUACCACCUAAAAUUCCAUAUCAUACCGAAACGAGGGCCACCUUAUCACCAACAACUACCCCGUCCCGAAGUUCUGUCAUACAAACGUUGCAAGAAAAAAUUAACAAAUAUAAGAACUUGAAUAAGACAACACGAGCGGAAUACAUACAGUGGGUUAGACGGGUCAAAAUUGAAAGGAUGACGAUAAAUCGCAAUAAAGUUUUGAAACCAGUUUCGACACUGCGGUUCAUUGAUUGCGCAGGUUGGUCUAAUGCAGUGGUCACAUACAGGCGACAGCAUGAUCUUAUGUAUCCCAUAAAUGUGGGUAGAAACGUUGCUAGAAACGCAUCGAAGACGAAUUAUUUUAUAGUGUCUGAUAUAGAAAUGGUACCUAGCGAAGGAUUAGCAACGAAAUUCCUUAGUAUGGUGAACGAUCUCAUGGGACGUAAGAAGCGAGAAGAGGGCUGUGUGUUCUCUAAGACGAUCUUUGUAGUGCCACUGUUUGAAGUGGUGAGAGGGGAGCCGAUCCCGCGCGACAAACAGACAUUGUCCGCGAUGGUGGCGGUGAAGCGAGCCACUUACUUCCAUGCCAAGACCUGUCCACAUUGUCAGCGGUUUCCCGGUCUCCAGACCUGGUUGACGAGACGGUCGUCUGAUAACAUAGAGCCAAUGAUGAUAGCUCACAGGGAGUUCCCCUACCACCGAUGGGAGCCCCUUUACAUCGGCACGCAGAAGGAACCCUGGUACAAUGAAAUGCUGGUCUGGGAGGGACUGCAAGACAAAAUGACGCAGAUGCUGGAGUUAUGCCUUCAAGAUUAUCGUCUGAUAAUCCUGGAUGGGGGCUUCCUGUGCCACUCCGCGACACCCAUCAGACGCCGGAGAAACGCAGUCGCUAUGAAAAACAACAACCAAUGGUACCGGAGGGUUUUGGCUGGACUGAAGAUAAAAUACCCUGACAAACCGGCGUGUAGACUUUUUUGGGGGAUAUUUCCCGGGAAACGAAAAAAAAAACAAACAACCGGCACAGAAAAUAAAAAAAUGGUCAAUGCUACGAACACACCCGCAGGAACUGCACGACACGAAGGCACGGCACAAAUCGCACACAGUCGUGGAUGAGUAGUAGUUAGCAUUUAUUGAUUUUAUAAUUUUAUCUCUCAUCUUCGCGUGUUCCAUGAAGCCCAGGGUUCAGCGUAGGUACCUAAGAAUUUUAUCAGUACAGUUAAUAAUUUCAUUUGUUUUAAUAGAUCUUUGAAUAAUUCAACCGUCGCAAUAACAAAUAUUUUUUAAAAUUUAAAUUAUUAUGGUAUUAUUGCUUUUCAUCUUCCUGGCGGUCGCUACUGUUGAAUAAAAUGACUUGUCUAAUUGACUUUUAAAAGUAUUGUAACUCCAUCCAAUCACGGCACAUUGACAUUAACAAACCGAGUUUAUACCGUAAACAUGCUAGCAUUGUGUUGUGUAUUAGUGUUACACAAGUUUAAACUUGUAAAAAACCAAACACAACGGCCUGUCUUUCGGAUUUACCUACUUGAGCUUGAUAGACUUGAUUGAAAGUUCUUCUGAUUAAAUUCAGAUGGUCCAAAAUCAGAUAGGGAUACAAAAAAUGGAUAUGGAGAAGAAGAGCCAGGGAUGAGAAUCUAGACAGAUAGUGAUAGCUUAUAUAGAACUAAAUUGUAUUAUAGAGACUAUUUCGUAUUUAUAUAAACCGCUUACGUUUUAGGCGGCUGACGCGACGCCAGAUUUUAAUAUAUGAAAGUGAAGCAGAGAUAUAAAAAUGGUUUAUUACUUAUUAUGUAUAAUUUAUUAGCUAUAUAUUUGUGUUUUUAUGAUGUAUUUUGCUGUUAAUGAUACACUGUGCAGUUGAUAAACUUGUGGUGUUUUGUUGCUGUACUUAAUAAAAAUGCAUGUUUUUAA